CAGGGGAGCAGUGGCUACCGGAACCCAAAGCAUUGUGGACGGCCACGUCAUCAUCGACAUCAACAUCUUCGCCGCAUAUAAAAGCGCACCCGCCGCAGGCACCGCCCCGUGGGCUGUGACUGCACCUCAACGCAGCCAUCUAACCCGCUAAUCUUUUCGAUGCAGGUUAGUAAAUCCUACACGCUGUUUGCAAAAAAAUCUAGCAAUUACGUCUUGGUGCAGUUCCCGAGCCCACGGUGCUGUCUCGCCAUUGCCGCCGAAUGUGUUUCCAUUAUUCAUUCCUUGCUGAUGUUAUCAGGAGAUAUCGAAACUAACCCUGGCCCUAGCGGAAACGAUGCCGUGUUGACAGAACUUCAGAAAAUAGCCGCAGGCCAAUCCAAAGUAAUUACCGAAGUACAGAGCCUCAAAUCUCAGUUAAACACUACAGAUAGAACAAUAACGGAUUUAUGCAAACGAAUGACCGACCUAGAGGCACACUACCAGGCCCUUAUUCCUCUCCGAAACGACAUCGAAAAGAUGCGGGCAGACACAAGCAGCAUGUCUCGCAAGAUCGAGGAACUAGAAGACUGCCUAGACGACGCGGAAAACCGAUCACGUCGAAAUAACCUCAUCUUUUAUGGCAUCUCUGACCCUACUGACAGCGAAACAUGGAACGAUUCCGAAAAACUAAUCAUCGAUUUCUGCAGUAAUAAUCUAGGAAUACCCGUAGGACCUCAUGACUUCGAAAGAGCUCAUCGCCUCGGUCGUCAUUCGCUCGGUAGAAAUCGUCCCAUAAUCAUGAAAUUCGCAUGUUACAAAACAAAGGACUCGAUCCUAUCUAAUGGCCGGAAAUUAAGAAAUACUAACCUUAGCAUUGGCGAGGACUUUUCGCUCUCCGUUCGACACGCGCGGAAACACUUAAUUGCAUUUGCCAAGGCUAAAUCUUCUAAGUUCUCCUUGUGGUAUAAAACCCUGCACAUCGGUCCGAAACGUUAUGUUUUUGAUAAGUUGUCUAGAACCGUUAAAGAAAUCGCAUAGCAAUCGUCCUGUCACCAUGUGCCUACAAACCGACAACAUGCGGCACUUCCCAAACCCCUCUCAUUUUCCGUGAUAUUUACUAACAUCUGCAGUUUCCUUCCAAAGCGCGAACUCUUAUCGAACAUAGUUUCGUCAUCCGGGAGCAAUAUACUGGUACUAACUGAAACUUGGCUCAACGAUAACGUUUCAGACGCUGAAAUCCUGACUGACUUACCUGAAUUCCGCCUGUAUCGUAGCGACCGAAAGUGUACUCGAGGGGGUGGUGUUCUGGUCGCAAUUCAGCAAGGUAUAACGUGUUCUGUUGUACAAGUCACAUCCGACAUUGAAUCAUUAUGGCUCAUUUGUCACGCUCCUCCCGUAACAGUGCUCCUUGGCGUUUGUUAUAGGCCACCGCAUACCAAUCCAGACUUCUGUAGGCACCUGAACAAUAGCCUAAGGCAACUUGUUGCCACUUACCCCAAUGCUCGUAUCCUUCUCUUCGGUGACUUCAAUUACCCGAACAUUGAAUGGCAUAAUCUAGGCAUUUCUUCAUUAACAUGUCAUGCAGAGGCUAAAAACUUCAUUGACGUAUGUUUAAAUUUUAACCUGAGUCAGUUAGUCUCGGAACCAACACGGGUUACACAAGAAACAGCAAACAUCCUAGACCUAAUACUAACUAACAGUCCUGAGAACCUUUGAUCUAUCAGUUACCUCCCAGAAAUCAGCGACCAUAAAAUCAUACAUGCUCUAUUCUCAUUCAGUUCCGCUCCGAAGUACACAACCACGAAAACAAUAUGCCUUUACGACAGGGGAAACUACGAUGCAAUAACUGAAGACCUUACCACCUUUUUUUCCGAGUACAAAUCCGUGUUUCGCACUCGCACAGUACAUGAAAACUGGUCAGUAUUCAAAAAUAAAUUAAGUGUGCUCACUAACAUGUUCAUUCCGAGGGUUACCUUUCAUACUAAUCACAAUAAGCCAUGGUUUUCAGUACAUUUAAAACGGCUGGAAAAUAAAAAGAAACGGUUGUUCCGUUCGGCCAAACGCCGUGACACCCAGAGUGAUUGGGAUAAAUACUUCGAAGUUGAGAAAUCAUAUCUAGUUGAGAUCCGGAACGCCAAGCAUUCAUUUUAUCACGAUGACUUACCAAAGCUACUAACCAGCAACCCCAGGAAAUUUUGGCAACUUUUGAAUCCAAAGCACACUCACGACAUCACAUUGACUAACGACGCGCACGAACCAGUCGCAGACCAUGAGUGUGGCGAAAUAUUUAACACCGCAUUUGCAUCUGUCUUUACUCAAGAACUUGACACACCUUCACAAUCACUAUCAGUUAACAUCGAAGCAUUUAUGCCAACUAUCACGUUUUCCGAAGAGGGCAUUGCAUCCGUAAUCGAUAACAUGAAGCUUUCAUCAUCGGCCGGUAUGGACUCAAUUAAUUCUAAGCUACUGAAGAAUGUUAAAUCAAUUUGUGCCGCCUAUUUAUCUUUGAUUUUUUCAUAGUCACUCGCCUCAGGAAUCAUUCCACAUGACUGGAAAGCGGGGAAGGUCGUUCCAGUGUACAAAUCAGCCACAGACUGGAACGGCCUCCCCCGGGACAUCGUCACCAUCGCCUCAUCAUCUGCCUUUCAAGACCGUGUUAUUGAUCAUCUUCAAUACUAGAACAACUUUCACUGCUUAUUGUUAACCUAAAUAAAACCCCACCCCUUAUGUAAUGCCCCUCCUACGAAGGGGGGCCUUUAAGGUAAUAAACUGAACUGAACUGAA